AUAACAAAGAGAAUAUUUUUAAAAUAAUAAAAUAUAUUUAAAACGAUGAGCGAUACACGUUAGGAGAAGAAGGAAGCGACCCUUAAGUAGCUAUGGAAUUUCCAGGGAAUUUCCUGAUGACGUGUUAAUAGACACGUAAAAUAUAUAUCACAUGCAGUAUAUUCUGGGGAUUUGUGUUUGUACUGGAGACCGGCCCGCUGUUUUCUACAUGCAGUCUCGACAUACUACCAGAGACAGCUUGACUUAGGUAGUACAAAAGAUAAAGUUUCUACGUAUGGACCUUCAACAGAAACUGUGGAUUGCAGCUUUGGAUGGACGCACGGACGAAGCGAAGGAGUUGAUUGAGAAGGGUGCCAAUGUCAACGCAGCUACUGACCUGUUUAAAGCAACGGCUCUUCACAGAGCCUCACUGAUGGGCAAGUCAGCCGCUGUGGACGUCCUUCUGAGGAUUAGCGCCAAUAUCAACCAGGAGGAUGGGGACGGUCUGACUGCUCUCCACAUGGCCGUCACUAAUGGACACCGGGUAAUCAUGCAACAUCUGCUCAGAGCUGGAGCUUGUGUUGACGCUCAGAACAGGGACGGCCGGACACCACUACACAUCGCUGCCAUAAAUGGAGAUUUUAAAUCAAUACAAUUACUCAUUUCGGAGACGGCAAGCAUUGAGGCACUAGACAAACAUGGCCACUCGCCCUUGGAUUUAGCUAGAAAAAAGAUAGAAGAGAAAAAGGACGAAGGCCUAACUGCGGAGGCAGAACCUUUGUAUAAAGCAGUAGCACUUCUGGAAAGUUCCCACAAGAAAGCAGUGGACAGAAUCAAGCAACCAAGUAUUCUGCAAAAUUUUGGAGAAGAUGCGGAGUCCAGAUUUCACAAAUACCUACAGCAAGGUUCGGAGGAUCAUUACGAAAUCAAUUUGAUGUUUAUUGGUCAGGCGGGUGUAGGGAAAACAACACUUACCAAAGGGCUGUUAGGAGAACUAGACCCUCAUGUAAUACCAGCCAGCACCAAUGGCAUUGACCUUCACCAACACAGGUGUAAAUACGACAGGCAGACAAGACAUAUCUACCCUGUAUCCGAAGAUAACAGUGAUCAUAGCUUAAAUCAGAGAAUUGGCAGUUUGAUACAGAUGUCCUUGAAAGGAACUCCCGUACAAUGUUCAGGCAGGGUUCCCGAGGAAUCCUUGGAAAAUCCCUCAAACUACUCAUUUAUUCAUGAAAAGAAACAAUUAAUAUGUGAAGGUGUGACAGCGGCACAUGAAGACAACUAUACAAAGAUAGAUCCUCAAUUAUUAGAUUCCGCAAGUUUUCAAGGAAAUUCAGAAACAUACUCGGCAUCCUCGCAUGCGAACCAAGACUCAUUUACUUGCACUGUAGUAACUGAUGAUAUGAAUCAAACGAAUCCUACAGUGUCAAUGUCGAACAUCGAAAACUCGAUGUCUGACGUAACUACCCAAGAUUCUUUACCUACGUCAUCAACACUUGUUAAAAGUCUAGUCAAUCGAGCUAAGUUGUCAUCAACCGAGGAAAAACCAGAGAGACUUGUGCCCAUUACUAUUUGGGAUUUUGGAGGACAAGAAGUGUUUUACACUACACAUCAAACCUUCCUGUCUUCAAGUUGUGUCUACAUGAUGGCCUUUAAUUUGUUCGAACUUUGGCAGGAAUCUGAUCCCAUGAAAACAUCAAAUACUACUUUAGAUACAAUAUCAUUUUGGAUUAAUUCCGUGAUCACAUAUGCAAAGCAUUCUGUGUUGGGAUACCCUAAAAUUGUCCUUAUUGGAACUCAUGCUGAUUGCUUCCCCGUAGAGCAGAAAGGAUCGUCUUUAUGGAAAAUUUUCCAGAGAUUGGAAAAAUACUUCCGACGAAGCGUUCAAAGACAACAUUUGGUUAUUAGUCCCCGUUACUUUAUCGAUGCUAGGGAUGCAGAGGGUGUUCCAUUUGACAUUCUACGUCAGUGUGUCAUGGAAAUUGCCGAAUCUUUGCCGGACUGGGGCUUACCCAUUCCACAUAAGUGGGUUGUGUUAGAAAACCUAAUAGCAGAUAUGAAAUCAUCCGGGUGCAAAGUGGUAUCUGUAGAGAAACUGCAAUCUGUGUUAUCCAACGAAUUCUACUUCAAGCGCCAGGAAAUUGAAGAUUUCUUAACAUUCCAACAUUCAUACAGCAAGGUUCUUUACUUCAAGGAAAGUCAUCUCUUUGAAAAUGUCAUCUUAGAUCCAUGUUGGGUAAUAGAUGCGUUAUCUUCAUUCAUCACUGACGAAGGAACAACCAAAUACCCUACAAAUACCAAAUCUGCAGAAUGGACCAACCUCCGAGUCAAAGGAAAACUAAGCAGUAGUUUUAUAGAAGAUGUAUUGGGACAUUCCAGUUUUUAUCCAUUUAAAGAUUACUUGCUGGGCGUUCUUUGCAGACUUGAUAUGAUUACCCAAAGUAAGAGCGAAGAUGUCUUUUACGUUCCUGGAAUGGUGACAGAAAAGUGUCCUGCUCAGAUUGUCAACGAUAUACAAUCGGCAACUAAGAUAGGAUUAGUUUCCUUUAAGAUUUCUUUUAAGAACAAUUUUCUUCCACCUGCAAUCUACAAUAGAAUGGUGGCAGCAUUCAUAUCAAUGUUUGAGAAUAGUUCACCAUUGUCAACACAACUUUUCAACGAUUGUGCAAUUUUUGAACUGUCGCGCAGCAGAUGGACGAUGCUCUGUAAAGAAGGACAUGAAAUUCUGGUAUUUACAUACAUCAGCGACCGUAGAGGUAAAGCUGCAGACUUGAAAGCUUUCCGCGGUGUCUACAGUAUUACUCUAGACUGUCUCAGAGACCUUCUGAAAAUAUACAGCGCGUUCCAGAAUCCUGCUCUACGACAGAACGACUUGCCAUUUGAAAUACAUUGCCAGGGUUGUAGAAGUCCUCUUUGUUACAUUAGCAAAGAGGUGUUCCAUGGUCUCAGUCGCUACCAAUGUCCACAUCACGGAGACUACCUUUGUAGCGUUGAAGUAUUAGAAGAAAUAUUUGGAAUAAAGGAAAUAGAGGCGGAUAGAGACCCCGUCAUUUCUACAGAAAACCAUUCAUCUGAUGAAAUCCCGGCCAUUAAAGAAAACAAAGAGUGUUUCUUGGACUAUAUUGCAAGCAGAUUUCCAGGAACCGAUUGUGUGUUUCUUGCCGCUGCUCUUGGAUUUGGCUUACAUCUUGUGGAAAAACAGCGACAUGAGUUCGCCAGUCAACAUGAAUUGGUUUUCAAUAUUCUUUAUAACUGGGAAAAAUCUCACCCUUUUCCUCACAGUAAAAAUUUGUUACUACAAGCUCUGGAGAAUACGGAACACAGGGAAAUGGUUGAAGAAAUGAAAACCUUCUCAUUCAAAAAAUACUGGGAUUCUGCGUCUCUGCUGGACAUUUCAGGACCCGAAGAACAGACUUCAGACAAAGAUUUAGUCAUUGUGUCUAAAAACGUGAAACACUUCAAACGAUUGCUUAGGUUUCUUAAAGUUCCUCAAGAGGACAUUGAUGAUUGUGAAAGAGAAUUGAAGGGAGAAGCUGCUGAUUACAUAUCUUUAAUAUCGCUUUCAAGAUGGAAAUCAUUGAAUUCCAAUGCAACUAGAUUAAAUCUUUGUGCAGCCCUGCUAUAUAUGGAAUUGAGAGACUUAGUCGAUAGAUUGGUAACACAGUGGAAAGUAUAAUACACAUUGACACAAUUUAGAUGACAUACUUUUAGUUAGAAGUUUACUAAAACUUUUGAAUUUUCUAUUAAGAACUGUGAAUUUUAUGUUUUGAUAGUAUUUCAAAGGUUGUAUAUAUCCAAGUAUUAUUUAUACACGAUCUCAACCAUGACAAACAUAUAUAUUAAAAAAAGUUUUAAUUAAAAAGUUUAGAUAUAAAAAAUGCUUCUUUUUGACAAUCAAGAAUGUCAGUUAAAUGUUGACCGCUGUGUUCACAUGGAAGAGACCAAUCUUUCACAUUUUUAUAUACUAUAUCCAAGUUUGUUUUUAUUUAUAAGCCUAUUAGAAUCAACACUUAUUUGACAAGCAUCUACUAGUAUAGAUUUAUUAAAAAUAUAAAUAUCGAAAUUCUAGAAAAAAUUCAUAAAAAUGUGUGACCUUGAUAACUCGUAUACAAACUUAUUGCCCACCACAGCCCAAUUUUACUUAAGAAAUAAAAAGGAAGGUCCAUGGAUCAUCAUGAUUAUUUAAGCAACAAUGUAUAAUUUUGACGAAGUAUCUUUUUAGCUUAUCUUUUAGAUAAUUCUCCAUUAACAAUAAUCUUACAUGUGCAUUAUUUAUCAAGACUCGCUACGGUCUUUCACAAUUACAAUGAAAAUUGGUUUGGUCGCUGUCGAAAAAUACUUUGCUUUAUUUGCAGCACGAAGCGCUUUUC